ACGUCUUGACGCAGCCUGGGCCCGCGGCGGCGGCAAGGGCGGGAGGGAGCGGUCGCCGCGGGAUUUGGAGCUGCCUGGCUUCGCGGUCGCUUUGGCAGCAUGUAAGCAGCUGUUUGCCAAGAACCCAGGUCACUGCUAAGAAAGGGAGCCUUUGGGAGAAGAGUGUCCAGAGGAAACCAAUGCCAGAUGCAUCUGGAGUUACACUCAGCACUUGCAAUAUGAGACAUUGUGUGCCAGCAUCUCUUUCCUUCUGGCAAAGACUGUAGCUCUCCAGGUAGGAGGGUCCUGGAAGCUGUGAGCACCAGGAGCCUCGCCAGAGGAGGAUGGGGCCAGAUAUGAACUCUCUACCAUGAACAUGGUUCUCACCUUAUGAAGGAAUUUUAAGUAAAACAAUUAUUUAAUUUCCACAUAUUCAAGUUCAAAAGGCUUCUGUGUGAAGUGCCAGUGAUUACCCCUCCACAGGAGUUAUCAGGAUUUUUCUGGCACCAAGUUGAACUCUUCUUGGUACUUCUGGUAGUGACAGAUCUGCAGGACAGAUUUAUCUGUUGAAUGCUCUUGGGCAGGAAAACCAUGUAAAACCUCUGGAAGCAGCAUCAGGACAGCAGAGCAGAGCCCCCGUCCUCACUGCUCACUUGCACAGAAACUCCAUCUGGACUCGGAUUCUUUUACUGAACACCCAUCGAGCUUCAUUCAUCUUUAGAGUCCAUCCGUUCUGGGGAGACCUGGCAUUUGCAGCUGCCUCUUGUGGCCGUGUUUUUCUGUCAUUCUGUUCCCAGCCCUUCUAUUCAGGCGGUUGAAGGGUGUGGGCUUUGGAAUGGGGUUUGCUGUUCUUCGGGAACUUGCUUCCUUUCCCUGGCUGGUGCCGUCGGGAAGGACCAUCUGAAGGCUGCAAUUUGUUCUUAGGGAGGCAGGUGCUCGCCUGUUCUGGAUCUUCCACCAUGUUCCUGUUGCUGCCUUUUGAUAGCCUGAUUGUCAACCUUCUGGGCAUCUCCCUGACUGUCCUCUUCACCCUCCUUCUCGUUUUCAUCAUAGUGCCAGCCAUUUUUGGAGUCUCCUUUGGUAUCCGCAAACUCUACAUGAAAACUCUGUUAAAAAUCUUUGCGUGGGCUACCUUGAGAAUGGAGCGAGGAGCCAAGGAGAAGAACCACCAGCUUUACAAGCCCUACACCAACGGAAUCAUUGCAAAGGAUCCCACUUCACUAGAAGAAGAGAUCAAAGAGAUUCGUCGAAGUGGUAGUAGUAAGGCUCUGGACAACACUCCAGAGUUCGAGCUCUCUGACAUUUUCUACUUUUGCCGGAAAGGAAUGGAGACCAUUAUGGAUGAUGAGGUGACAAAGAGAUUCUCAGCAGAAGAACUGGAGUCCUGGAACCUGCUGAGCAGAACCAAUUAUAACUUCCAGUACAUCAGCCUUCGGCUCACGGUCCUGUGGGGGUUAGGAGUGCUGAUUCGGUACUGCUUCCUGCUGCCGCUCAGGAUAGCGCUGGCUUUCACAGGGAUUAGCCUUCUGGUGGUGGGCACAACUGUGGUGGGAUACUUGCCAAAUGGGAGGUUUAAGGAGUUCAUGAGUAAACAUGUUCACUUAAUGUGUUACCGGAUCUGCGUGCGAGCGCUGACAGCCAUCAUCACCUACCACGACAGGGAAAACAGACCAAGAAACGGUGGCAUCUGCGUGGCCAAUCAUACCUCGCCGAUCGAUGUGAUCAUCUUGGCCAGCGAUGGCUAUUAUGCCAUGGUGGGUCAAGUGCACGGGGGACUCAUGGGUGUGAUUCAGAGAGCCAUGGUGAAGGCCUGCCCACACGUCUGGUUUGAGCGCUCGGAAGUGAAGGAUCGCCACCUGGUGGCUAAGAGACUGACUGAACAUGUGCAAGAUAAAAGCAAGCUGCCUAUCCUUAUCUUCCCAGAAGGAACCUGCAUCAAUAAUACAUCGGUGAUGAUGUUCAAAAAGGGAAGUUUUGAAAUUGGAGCCACAGUUUACCCUGUUGCUAUCAAGUAUGACCCUCAAUUUGGCGAUGCCUUCUGGAACAGCAGCAAAUAUGGGAUGGUGACGUACCUGCUGCGAAUGAUGACCAGCUGGGCCAUUGUCUGCAGCGUGUGGUACCUGCCUCCCAUGACUAGAGAGGCAGAUGAAGAUGCCGUCCAGUUUGCAAAUAGGGUAAAAUCUGCCAUUGCCAGACAGGGAGGACUUGUGGACCUGCUGUGGGAUGGGGGCCUGAAGAGGGAGAAGGUGAAGGACACGUUCAAGGAGGAGCAGCAGAAGCUGUACAGCAAGAUGAUCGUGGGGAACCACAAGGACAGGAGCCGCUCCUGAGCCUGCCUCCAGCUGGCUGGGGCCACCAUGCGGAGUGCCGACGGGCUCAGAGCUGGAGUUGCCACCGCCACCCCCACUGCUGUGUCCUUUCCAGAUUCCAGGGCUCCCCGGGCUGCUCUGGAUCCCAGGACUCCGGCUUUCGCCGAGCCGCAGCGGGAUUCCUGUGCACCGGGCGCAGCCUGCCCUUGGUGGUCUAAACGGAUGCUGCUGGGUGUCGCAACCCAGGACGAGAUGCCUUGUUUCUUUUACAAUAAGUCAUUGGAGGAAUGCCAUUAAAGUGAACUCCCCACCUUUGCACGCUGUGCGGGCUGAGUGGUUGGGGAGAUGUGGCCACCGUCUUGUGCUAGAGAUGGCGGGACAAGAGUCUGUUAUGCAAGCCCGUGCGCCAGGGAUGUGCUGGGGGCGGCCACCCGCUCUCCAGGAAAGGCACAGCUGAGGCACUGUGGCUGGCUUCAGCCUCAACAUCGCCCCCAGCCUUGGAGCUCUGCAGACAUGAUAGGAAGGAAACUGUCAUCUGCAGGGGCUUUCAGCAAAAUGAAGGGUUAGAUUUUUAUGCUGCUGCUGAUGGGGUCACCAAAGGGAGGGGAAGAGGCCAGGUGGGCUGCUGACUGGCCCAUGGGGAGAACGUGUGUUCGUACUCCAGGCUAACCCUGAACUCCCCAUGUGAUGCGCGCUUUGUUGAAUGUGUGUCUCGGUUUCCCCAUCUGUAACAUGAGUCGGGGGGAAUGGUGGUGAUUCCUACCUCACGGCUGUUGUGGGGAUUAAAGUGCUGCGGGUGAGUGAAGGACACAUCACGUUCAGUGUUUCAAGUACAGGCCCACAAAACGGGGCAGGGCAGGCCUGAGCUCAGAGCUGCUGCACUGGGCUUUGGAUUUGUUCUUGUGAGUAAAUAAAACUGGCUGGUGAAUGAACUGGGGGACUUCUCCCUUUACUUUCUCCCCUGGCUGUGGCCCUGAGUAGCAGGCUUCUCGUGAGGAUUCCCGUUCUCUUCUGGGAGCACGGCCCUGAGGCUGCAGAGAAGCCACCUGACUCCUGGAGCGAGGAACCCUGCAGCUCAGAAGGUGAACGGCUCGUCUCAGAUGCUUGCAGAUCUUUGGUUAAUUUAGAAUUUCCAGCACAGACAUGGAUUUCUCCAGAGAUUGGGGGUGUGUGCGGGUCGCUGAUGUGAGGCCUAGGGGAAGCAAUGAGUAAACUCCAGGGUGGGGGAGGAGCAGGGGCCCAGGGAGGGCUGCAGAGGGGCAGCGGGGGCAGGGCCUGUGCUGCAUGGUGGCUUCUGCAGGGGAGGAGCAGGGGCCCGGGGAGGGCUGCAGAGGGGCAGGGUGGGCAGGGCAUGUGCUGCAUGGUGGCUUCUGCACAGCCAGAGCAGGCACCACAGGAAAAGAGUCGGCCACUGGUGCCUGCUGUACAGUCACAGUGGAGGCAGAGCCAAGGCCAAGCAGCCCCUGUGGGUUCUGGGGUUUCACCAGUUUCAUGCUCCUCAGCUCCCCAUUCAUGCCCCACCAGCCCUCACUUGGGACCCACACUCCCUCGUGGCACAGUCAUGAGGCCUCUCAGGAUUUUGUGCCUAUGGUGCUGAGUGUCACGUCCCCAAGGUCGCCCUCUGGCCUGCAGUUCACGGAGGGGGUGGGUGUGAAGCUGUGCUCCUGGGGCUGCAGACAGAUCCACUUUGUCACGUGGGGACCUGCUGGGUUGGCCCUGCAAUCUCCCUUUCUCUGCACCUGCUUGUGACCUCCCCGGGAGAGCCUCCUGUUUCCUCACCUGCCCUGUUGCCAGCCGGGGGGAAAUCGUCUUUUUGCUCUCAAAUGAAGGCUGAAAAAAUAAAUAAAGUAAGUGUUAUGACUAAUAACAGUCUCUUAGGAACUGUUUUACAAAAUGCUUAAGAAUGAAAAGUGAUUUUCAGCUUUUAUAGGUGAUGUUUACAGUGUUUGUAAACCAACUGGAGGGAUCAGUAAUUGGUCUUAAAGAUCCGGUUCUCUUUUAAAAAGUUCAUCUGAAACUUUAUGAUUUGUUACUUUCGUGAUUUGCAUAGGUAUUUAUAUAUAUACACACACACAGGUUUUGCUUUUGUCUGUCUCACAUUCAGCACAGCUGUCUGCGGCCCCUGCUGGCAGGUGUGGCCGCACCUGGUGUGAAGUCACGUGGAGUCAGUACUGUGGAGGGCCGGGCAGUGAGGAGAGGACUGACUCACCCCUGAAGAAACGAAACCUCCCCUUUCUGUGUAUGCCUUUUACCAUCAUCCAGGUGACUGCUCCAUCCUUUUAAAUUAGGGGUCCUGCAAGCCCCAAGUGACCCAUAGUCAGAAUGUCUGGUUUGGGGUAACCGAGUUGGUCUUAUGGGGCAAAACCUCAAGACACUUAGAAACAUGCAAAGUACAAAAUAAUGUGUUCCCUCCUGUUACCCCAGCGAUGGUGGGGCUGAGCUGGGAAUGACAACCAGUGGUGUAAUGAGUGGAAAGUGCUGGCCAGCUGCUAACCCCGCUCCAAGCCUGCUGCACCUCACUUCUCUGCAUCUGUCACCUGAGUCAUAAUUAGGUACUUGGCUAGAUGACCUCAGAGACCCCGUCCACCUCUGAAUUUUCUGUUUUUAAGCCCAUAGCUCAAACUUUGGCUUUGAUCUCUGAAGUCGUCUGGGUUUGGAAAUACAGGAAGUCAGCUUUGAAUCCAUUGCUUCUCUAAAACAUCAGGGCUAGUGGAACUAACCCACUUGAGGGUGACUUCAAGGGCUGUAGGCAGCCGUGGGGCUGGGGCCAUACUGCUCUCAGGCUGGGCAGUGUCUUCAUUGUGGAUCUCAGACAGCCUUUUUUACUCAAACAUGAGACUUUCCACCCACCAGUUAGGGAACUUUUUUUUUUUUUUUUAAACACAGAGUUUCACUCUUGUUGUGCAUGCUGGAGUGCAAUGGCACAAUCUCAGCUCACUGCAACCUCUACCUCCCGGAUUCAAGUGAUUCUUCUGCCUCAGCCUCCAAGUAGCUGAGAUUACAGGCAUGCACCACCACACCCAGCUAAUUUUUUGUAUUUAGUAGAGACUGGGUUUCACCAUGUUGGUCAGGCUGGUCUCCAACUCCUGACCUCAGGUGAUCCACUCUUCUAGGCCUCCCAAAGUUCUGGGAUUACAGGUGUGAGCCACUGUGCCCAGCCAAGAGGGAACUUUUUAAUAAAGCUAGUGGGAUUCCCUUGACAGCAGAACCAGCCUUGGGACUUGAUGCUUCACCGUGUCAGAAUCCGUCCAUGGUGCUGCCUUUCAGAGAAGAGGCUUGAUGUGUGAGGGGUCGGGGGAGUGCUCCAGAUCCCUGAAAUGCCCCUCCCAGACCAGUGACAGGCAUUUUUGGGUGCCAUCGUGUGACCUUCCCGGCAGAGCAAACAGUGGGCACUAACCCUGUUGUCCUGUGGAAAUCUGAGUCUCUGAAUCCUGCCAUUUCCUUUCUGGAAUUGGCCAGGAACUUGAUUUUCUGGGCUAGUGCUUGCUACUGUCCCCUGACGCAUGAAGGAUCCCCCUAUGUCAUAGGUCCCACCUGCCUGCUGUGCAUCCCGGGUGGCCAGACUCGGCUUCUCCAGGUGCACUUGUCCCGGGUGGCCCAGCCCGUAGGCUGGAAGGGCAGCUGCAGGUGCACUGCCUCGCGGACAGGUUAGGAGACGGCCACGCAGCCAUCCGUCUUCUACAGCACACACCCCGCUCUCCCCCCCCCAGUCAAUAUGUCUCUCUCCGAUGGGAAAGUUAAUAAAUUUUGCUCUAGAUUAAAAGUAUUGAUCAUUUCAUUUGUAAACGAUAAAUAAAAAGGGGGAACUUUUCAUUGCGCCAGGGGUGGCGCCUGGCGUGUGUUGCGGGGGUGAUUGCACUGGCUGCCGGGGGGUGGGCUUCUCAUAUGCAUUCUGGCCGGCCAGCUGCAUUGAUUUCCUAUUAGUCUCCCAGCACCACCCAGUAACACAUCAUUUCAGUACCUGCUAUUAAUGGUCUUUUGAUAAAUAAUCACUUGUAAGUCAAUACAUUUUUAUUAAACAGU